GGGCGGCAGCCUGGGAGAGCCAGCCUCGGGGGGACACCGUGGGAAACAGGAGGGGGGCAUGCCUCCCCCUUCUCCCCACCUCUGCUCCGGGAUGCAGCGCUGGUGACCCUCGAAGCGAGUUCCAGGAGCCCACAGCGAGUGUCUCAACUUUUCGGCUGGAGGACGAGGGGAAAAAAUAAUAGCCCUGGUUCGGAAGAGGUGGCCAGCAAGGGAGCCAAGGUCAUUGCCCUGCCAGCCCACCCCAAGCUCCUGUCACCUGUGACCAGCUCCUAUUCACUCAGUGGUGGCAGAAGACAGUGGAUUAAACCCUAAACCUGUGGCCUGACACAGCUUCCAGAAGCCUCCACAGCACUGAGGGCCAGACCCCAGACACCUUCUUGGGUCACCUCUGUACCAUCAUCACUCUUGCCACUGGGGACAUACCCGCUGCAGGUGACUUCAUGAGCACAACAUAGUGCAGCUAAGCAGGGGGACAGGCACCCUUCCCGCCUGCUGGAAGUCGAGGUGACGGAACCAAGAGCACCAGAGCAGGAGCGAUGGGGAGGCCAGGAAUGUGACAAGCCACCUCGGCGCUGGAGGCCCGCUCAGGGCUGGUGUGGGGGGAAUUUCUCAAAGGCAGGGGCAAGGUGAGGGGUGCAACAUGAGCCUGGGGAAGCUGCCGGUGCUCAGCUGGGUGUCAGGCUCCCACGGCAAGCGGCGGCUGAAGUCGGAGCUGACACCAGACAUGAUCAGCCCACCGCUGGGGGACUUCCGGCACACCAUGCACGUGGGGCGCGGCGGGGACGUCUUUGGGGACACCUCAUUCCUCAGCAACCACGGCGGGGACAACACGGCCAAAGCCAACAGCUUCUUCGCCCGAACGCUGCGCCACGUCCGCCGGUCGCCGCUCAGGAGCCGCGGCAGCGUGGACCACGCGGCCACGUCCCCAGCCCCGCCGGCUGUGUCCCCCAUCAUCAAGAACGCUGUCUCCCUGCCGCAGCUCAACGAGGGCUUGUAUGACAGCGGUGGGGGCCGGGGCCUGACCAGCAAGUUCUCCUUCAAAAGUGCCUCCAGCAGCUUCUCCAAAACACACCAGGCCUACGGGCUCGAGUCCGGGUUUUGCACCAUCCCUCGUGUCCCUCGCUUAGAAAAGGCCCAGGAGAGCGCCUGCCCCGGGGAAGAAGAGCUGAAGCAGUCGGACUCGCUGCUCUCCUUCCGUCUGGACCUGGGGCCCUCCCUGAUGAGCGAGCUCCUCCAGGUGAUGAGCUUCUCCGAAACCAACGGAGGAGAGGCGAGGGAGGAUGACUCAGACCUCCCACGUAGUGAUGGGACCAAGGAUGGAGUCCUUCAGGCAUCAGGUGAAUCCCAGGGAGAGGACAAGGCAACCUUCAGCUUCUGGGAGCGCUCUAGGCAAAGCAGCCUGUCUGGGGCCAGCUCGCUGCCAGGGCUGUCAGUCCAUGCCAAUGGAGAGGCACACGCCAUCGAGGACCCUGCCUGGGCUUCAGGGGCAGUGCCCAGAGGCACCCCGUGGCAGGGGCACUGGAAUGACUGCACCAUCGAGGCGGGAGAGUUUGACCGGGCAGCCCAGGUCCUGGCCCGUCAUUACGGCGGGACCAGCACCCCACGGAGCUCGGAGAAGGGCGAGGGUCCCCUGCAGGCCCGGACGCAGACGCCGUGGGAGAGCCCCAGCAGCAGGUCCUGGAGGUCACAGGCGACAGGGGAGAGCCAGUCCUCUGAGGCCACUUGGAACCAAGGAGAGGAGGAAGACGAGGAGGAGGAGGGCAAGCUGUAUGGCCUGCAGGAAGGGUAUGCUGGUGCCCGAGUGGGACGCAGCAAUUCCUUUGGGUAUGCCGAUGAGGAGGAGGAGGAUGACGAAGUCAAGGUGUGAAUGGCCAUCUCUCCCAUCAUGAUCUCCCACCAGAGGCAUUCAAGCUGAGGUCUUUGCCUUCCUCCCUGUCCUUCACCCUCAGGCACACCCCUUGCCAGGCUGGGGGCACUGGGGGAGCUGGAGUGGGAUAGGAGGAGACCUGCCAAAAGUCUCCGUGGGGCUGUGCAGAGUGUCAGUGAGGGCUGUGUAUCACAGCUUCAGGCAUCACAUCCCCUCUCUGUCCUCACUGCCAUUAGAAGCCAAAGGAAAUUUCCCACAUGCCAAAGAAACCCCAAGUCCCUUCCUACCCCAUCCCAUUCCCCCUGGCGCCCUGUCUGCCAUGCCUCAGACUGGCCGCACUGGCAUGCCCAGGGACCUGCCUGCCCUGUCCUGCCACUGAAGCCCCCAGCCACCCUUUUUGCCAGCAGAGAUGCCCUCCCAGAUAUUUCUACCCAUAGCUCUGGCACACAGGGGAUGGGACCCUCAGCAGCUCCAGCUGGUGCAAGACCUUCCCAUACAGGACAUUAUCUCCUAGGGGAGGUCAGCUGGAGGGUCAAGGGGCAGGCAAACCCCACAGAGCUGAGCUUUGUCAUUUUCCUUCCAAAGAAAAGCCAUGAACUCAGCAUUCAGAAGGUGAGAGCACACAGAGAUAACUGCAGAGGCCUUUUCACUUGCCUCCUACUGCUGAGCAUCACUUAGGAUGGCUCCUGUCCCAAUCCCCAGCACCAACCCCUCACAGCAGGGACAGGAGCAAAUUCUUGGCUAGCUGGAGGCAGAGAUGAAAUUCUUAGGUCACCAAAUUCUGCGCUUCAGGCCCUAAAACUCCCUUCCUUUCUCCCUGCCUCAGAAAAAGAGGACUCUGCAGCUACUUGAGCUGUGACACUUAUUCUCCAUCCCAUCCCCUCACCCUAUUCCCCACAGCACACCCCUCUUGCCAGUGCACCCUUUCCCAGGGGUACCCACAAAGGACAGUUAAUCCCCCCUCACUGAGCAGCCAUGGGCAACGUGGCCACCCUGGAACUAGCUGCUCCCCCAAGCUUCCCCCCACGCUGCCCCGCGUGCAGACUGGCCCUCACAGAAGGGCCUUUGUGCCACGGGGUGGAGCAGAGAUGCUCGGGGGCUGAGGUCACUGGAGGGACCUUCACAGGACCCCUCCUUGUUCUCUGGGUCAGGAGGAGGUGUGUGGUGGCAGGGCGGGGUGCCAGGCCAUGGCUGCAGGGCACUGCUCCCACACAGCUCAGCGCUGCCUGGCUGCUUGUGGCAGGGCACUCCUCAGGCGGGAUAAAGAGGCUCUGGCUUGCACGUGUGUUGUGCACGGGAGUGCCACUCGUGGGCAAACACAUCUCCCCCUGCCUCCUCGGGCAGCUGCCUCAUGCUGUCCAGCAGCAGCAAGCUGGGGCAGGCAGCAGCUUCGAGGAGUCCCCAGCUCUGGCCACUGACACCCAGCAGGAUCAGCUUUAUUGGCCCUGCACCCUCAAGGGCAUGGACGCUGGCUCUCAGCACAAGUUCCCCCUGCUCUCUGCUCCCCAGAUGGUAAAACAAGUUCCAGACCAAAGACUCACAUCAGUGGACUAUUCUUUCUGCCUUCACUCUGUAUCCCAUGCACUUAUUAUUGUCCUUAUUAAAAGAGUUUUGAUAAUAA